GAUCACGGCGCGGCCCUCGCCGCCUACACGCGGGCGCUGAGCCUCUGCCAGGCCGAACCGGAGCGCGCCGUGCUGCACCGCAACCGCGCCGCGUGUUACCUGAAACUGGAGGAUUAUACCAAGGCAGAAGCAGAUGCAUCUAAAGCCAUUGAAGCCGACGGCCGGGACGUGAAGGCGCUGUUCCGUCGGAGUCAGGCGCUGCAGAAGUUGGGCCGUUUGGACCAGGCUGUCAGCGACCUGCAGAGGUGUGUGAGCCUGGAGCCCAAGAACAAGGCCUUCCAGGAGGCCCUGCGCGCCCUGGGGAGCAGCAUGCAUGAGAAGAUGAAGACCAUGUCCUGUACGGACUCGAAGGUGGAACAGAUGUUUCAGAUUUUGCUGGAUCCCCAAGAAAAGGAUGUGGACAAGAAGCAAAAGGCUGCGCAGAACCUGAUUGUACUGGCGCGGGAAGAGGCUGGAGCAGAAAAAAUAUUCCAGAGUGAUGGUGUGCGGCUCCUGACGCAGUUGCUUGACACAGCCAAGGCUGACUUGAUGCUGGCGGCCCUGCGCACCCUGGUGGGGCUGUGCUCUGGGCACCGCUCCCGGUCCAUGGCCAUCUUGACAGAGCUGGGGUCCUCGCGUCUUUCGGCAGUGCUGGGUGUGGAGCACGAGCAGGUUUCUUUGGCUGCCUGCAACCUCCUGCAUGUGAUGUUUGAUUCUCUGAAGGAGGGGAUGCAGAAGGACUUCCGUGGCAAGGAGGAUGCAGUGGUGCUGGAUUCCUCCAAGGAACAGAAAGUGCUGAUCAAGGAUCUCCUGGAGCUGCUAUCUCUGGAAGGGGCCUCUGCUCACGGCCGUGACAAUGCCCUUAACUUGCUCAUCAAGGUGGUGCCCAGGAAGUCACCGAAGGAUAUCAACAACAGCAUGAGCCUCUGGGUGAUCGACCAGGGCCUGAAGAAGAUCCUGGAGGUGGGAAGCACUGUGUGUGGGGCUCCGGGCAGCCUGCCUGUGACAGAGAACAGCCGGAUGAGUGCCUCGGUCCUUCUGAGUAAGCUUUAUGAUGACCUGAAAUGCGAUGCUGAGAGGGAGAACUUCCACCACCUGUGUGAGGACUAUGUGAGGAGCUGGUUCGAGGGGCAGGAGCUGGCUGGGAAGCUGCGGGCCAUCCAGACAGUGUCGUGCCUGCUGCAGGGCCCCUCGGAAGCUGGGAACAGGGUGCUGGAGCUGGAGGGGAUCAUGGACAGCAUACUGUCCCUCUGCGCCUCCGUCCACGAGGCCCACCAGCUGGUAGCAGUGGAGGCUCUGAUCCAUGCAGCUGACAAGGCCAAGCGUGCCUCCUUCAUCACUGCCAAUGGGGUCAGCCUGCUCAAGGAGAUCUACAAGCACAGUGAGAGGGACAGCAUCCGCAUCCGUGCGCUGGUGGGACUGUGCAAGCUGGGGUCUGCUGGAGGCACCGACUUCAGCAUGAAGCAGUUUGCCGAGGGCUCCACGAUGAAAUUAGCCAAGCAGUGCCGCAAGUGGCUGUGCAAUGAGACAAUUGAUGCCGGCACGCGGCGCUGGGCUGUGGAGGGCCUGGCUUACCUCACAUUUGAUGCUGACGUCAAGGAGGAGUUUGUAGAGGACAAGGCAGCAAUGCAGGCCAUGUUUCAGCUGACAAAGUCAGAAGAUAGGAGUGUUCUCUAUGCUGUUGCUUCCACACUGGUGAACUGCACCAACAGCUACGACCACGAGGAGCCAGACCCACAGAUGCUGGAGCUGGCCAAGUAUGCCAAGCAGCACAUUCCAGAGCAGCACCCCAAGGACAAGCCAGACUUUGUGAAGCGACGCGUGCGGAAGCUGCUGACGGCUGGUGUGGUGUCUGCUCUGGCCUGUGUGGUGAAGAGUGAGAACCCAGCGCUGACCAACUCCUGUCGGGAGCUGAUCUCCAGGGUGUUCUUGGCCCUGGUGGCGGAGGCAGAGGACCGAGGCAGUGUGGUCGCACAGGGAGGAGGAAAGGCUCUCAUCCCGCUGUCCCUGGAGGGCACCGAAGUGGGGCAGACCAAGGCAGCUCAGGCCCUGGCAAAGAUCACCAUCACCUCCAACCCUGAGAUGGCGUUCCCUGGGGAGCGGAUCUACGAGGUGGUCCGGCCCCUGGUCAGCCUGCUGCACCUGCAGCGCUCAGGCCUGGAGAACUUUGAGGGGCUGAUGGCGCUGACCAAUCUGGCUGGCAUCAGCGAGCGGCUGCGGCAGAAGAUCCUGAAGGAGAGGGCUGUGCCCAUGAUCGAGGGAUACAUGUUUGAGGAGCACGAGCUGAUCCGCCUGGCUGCUACCGAGUGCAUGUGCAACAUGGCCAUGAGCAAGGAGGUGCAGGAGCUGUUCCUGGACGAGGGCAGCGACCGCCUGAAGCUGAUGGUUCUGUACAGCGGGGAGGAGGACGAGAAGCUGCGGCGGGCGGCCUCGGGGACGCUGGCCAUGCUGACGGCACUGGACAUCGGGAAGCGCCUGGAGGUGCGGCGGAAGGUUGACGCCUGCUUAGGGAAGGCCAACUACAUCAGCCGGCUGGAGCACGCACAGGCCCGGCUGACGCUGUCCUACAACCGGCGGGGGGACCUGGCCAUCCACCUCGUCAGCCCCAUGGGCACCCGCUCUACCCUCCUGGCCGCCAGACCCCAUGACUACUCGGCCGAUGGCUUCAAUGACUGGGCCUUCAUGACGACGCACUCGUGGGACGAGGAUCCGUCCGGGGAGUGGCUGCUGGAGAUUGAGAACACUAGUGAUGCCAACAACUACGGCACGCUGACCAAGUUCACGCUGGUGCUGUACGGGACGGCCACCGACCCCCCUGGACUCUCCAACCAGCUGGAGAGCAGUGGUUGCAAGACCCUGACCCCCAGCCAGACCUGCGUGGUCUGUGAAGAAGGAUACUACCUGCACCAGAAGAGCUGCCUGAAGCGCUGCCCCCCCGGCUUCGCACCUGGCGUGCAGAGCACACACUACAACCUGGAGAACAGCAUGGAGCCCAUCACACCCCAGCUCUGCCUGCCCUGCCACCCCUCCUGCGCCACCUGCACGGGGCCCGGCCCCAACCAGUGCCUGACCUGCCCCGCGCACUCCCACUUCAGCAGCUUGGACCUCUCCUGCUCCCACCAGACACAGAGCAGCCGUGCAUCCCCCGCCCUGGCAGAGGGUGAGGGGCAGCCUGAGGCUCCCCCACCAGCCAACCCGCUCGUCCUCAUUGCCAGCCUCAGCUGCGUUCUCAUCGUUGUCAUCUUCAUCACCGUCUUCCUGGUGCUGCAAGUGCGCUCCGGGUUCAGCCUGCGGGGCGUGAAGGUCUACGCCCUGGACAGCGGCAUCAUCUCCUAUAAGGGGCUGCCCUCCGACAUCUGGCAGGAGGAGGGCCUUUCCGAGUCGGACAUUGAGGAGUGCGAAGUGCACAACGAGAGGACUGCCUUCAUCAGAGACCAAAGUCCGCAGCGAGGCUGCGUGACACGGUUGGCCCCGAAUAUGGCAAACUGGCAGGGAGGGGAGGAAGCGCAGGAAAUCUCGCAAUGGCUGUAUGGUCAGUGCAGGGUUUCCUGUUCCUCUCUGGGUGCCGGAGCUGCGUCAGGUCAGUUGCACCAGCCCCAGCCCCAGGAACACACCAGCACCAGCGCUGCAGCGGGGACCUGGCGGCACACGCAGCCCCAUCCCACCAGUGCCAUGGGCUUCGGGCCGGAGCUGUGGUGCCCAAAGGGGCACAGUGCACUGCUGCAGCUGCAGGACAGCGAGCUGCGCCUCCUGGAGCUGAUGAAGAAGUGGAUGUCACAGCGUGCCAAGAGCGACCGGGAGUACGCGGGGAUGCUGCACCACAUGUUCUCUCAGCUGGAGAAACAGGAGGGCCUGGGGCAGCUCCGUGCCACCGACCACAGCAGCCGGAUCGGGGAGUCGUGGUGGAUCCUGGCAAGCCAGACAGAGACACUGAGCCAGACGCUGCGGCGGCACGCAGAGGAGCUGGCAGCAGGGCCGCUGGCCAAGCUGAGCAUGCUGAUCCGUGACAAGCAGCAGCUUCGCAAGGCCUUUAGUGAGCAGUGGCAGCAGCUCAGCCAAGAGUAUGCCCGGACCACGCAGCAGGAAAUGGAGAAGCUGAAGGCACAGUACCGCAGCCUGGUGCGUGACAGCACCCAGGCCAGGCGCAAGUACCAGGAGGCCAGCAAAGACAAGGAGCGGGAAAAGGCGAAGGAAAAGUACGUGCGCAGCCUCUGGAAGCUCUAUGCCAUGCACAACCAGUACGUGCUGGCUGUACAGGCGGCCGCGUUGCACCACCAGCACCACUACCAGCGUGCGCUGCCCACCCUGCACGAGUCCCUCUACAGCCUGCAGCAGGAGAUGGUCCUUGUUCUGAAGGAGAUUCUUGGGGAGUACUAUAGCAUCAGCAGCCUGGUGCAGGAGGACGUGCUGGCCAUCCACCAGGAGGUUGCCCACGCCAUCGAGAUGAUCGACCCCACCACUGAGUACAGCAGCUUUGUUCAGUGCCACAGGUAUGACUCUGAGGUACCGCCGGCAGUGGCCUUUGAUGAGAGCUUGCUGGAGGAGACAGAGGGCCUGGAGCCAGGGGAGCUGCAGCUGAAUGAGCUGACCAUUGAGAGCGUGCAGCACUCCCUGACAUCCAUCGAGGAGGAGCUGUUGGCCAGUAGGGAGGCAGUGAACAGCAAGGAGCAGCGGGUGUGGGAGCUGCAGGCUGAGCUGCAGGGCGAGGAGCUGGCGCUGAGCCCUGGGGAGCGGGUGCACUUGCUGGGCAAGAGGCAGGGGCUGCAGGAGGCCCAGCAGCAGCUGCAGGGCUGCCUCUGUGCCCAGGCCAAGCUGCAGGCACAGCGGGAUAUGCUGGCCAACAAGCUGGCGGAGCUGGGCUCAGGGGAACCCCCUGCCGCCUUGCCCCUGCAGGAGGACCAGCAGUCAGUGUCCUCCACGGAUCAGGAGCGCAGUGGGGUGACUGCGCUGGAGACCAUCAAGAACCACAUCUCGGGCAUCUUCGGUUCCAGGUUCUCGCUGCCACCUCCCGUGCCCCUCAUCCCGGAGGUGCAGAAGCCGCUGUGCCAGCAGGCCUGGUACCAUGGGGCCAUCCCACGCUCGGAGGUGCAGGAGCUGCUGAGCUGCAGCGGGGACUUCCUGGUGCGGGAGAGCCAGGGGAAGCAGGAGUAUGUGCUCAGUGUGCUGUGGGACGGGCAGCCCCGGCACUUCAUCAUCCAGGCUGCUGAUAACCUGUACAGGCUGGAGGGUGACGGUUUUCCCACCAUCCCGCUGCUCAUCGACCACCUGCUGCAGAGCCAGCAGCCCAUCACCCGCAAGAGUGGCAUCGUCCUGACCAGAGCUGUGCUCAAGGACAAGUGGGUGCUCAACCAUGAGGACGUGCUGCUGGGGGAGCGCAUUGGCCGGGGGAACUUUGGGGAGGUGUUCAGCGGCCGCCUGCGUGCUGACAACACCCCCGUGGCAGUGAAAUCCUGCCGGGAAACCCUGCCGCCCGAGCUGAAGGCCAAGUUCCUGCAGGAAGCCAGGAUCCUCAAGCAGUACAACCAUCCCAACAUCGUCCGGCUCAUCGGCGUCUGCACCCAGAAGCAGCCCAUCUACAUUGUCAUGGAGCUGGUGCAGGGGGGGGAUUUCCUGAGCUUCCUGCGCAGCGAGGGGCCCCACCUGAAGGUGAGGGAGCUGAUCAAGAUGACAGAGAAUGCCGCGGCGGGCAUGGAGUACCUGGAGAGCAAGCGCUGCAUCCACAGGGACCUGGCUGCCCGCAACUGCCUGGUGACAGAGAAGAACACCCUGAAAAUCAGCGAUUUCGGGAUGUCACGGCAGGAAGAGGAUGGUAUCUAUGCCUCCACGGGGGGCAUGAAGCAGAUCCCCGUGAAGUGGACUGCCCCUGAGGCUCUGAAUUACGGCCGGGACAGCGCGGAGACCGCCGCCGCCUGGACCUCGUGCUGUGGUAGAAGAUCCCCGAUACUCUGA